AUGCUCCCUUCCACCCUAAAAUCUUCGCGCUAUGGGCGCUUUGUUAUCUUGACGAUCCCGCUGCUCGUAUUCAGCUGCCUGCUCUUCUUGACGUGGGACCCACUGCCGGGCCGACUCCGUCAGCAAUCCCAAGCCCCGACAACGUCACAGUCCGAUCCAAUAUCUCAGGUACCACAACCAGUCGAGCCAUCAAAAGAAGAGGCAGCGCACCCUGAACCACCAGUAUCUACUAGCAAUCCAUCCACCUCGAAACCGAUUGCUGACAUCGCUGGCGGUGAUGCUAUCUUCGGUAUUACCGACAAGCUUUGGCAAUCCGCCAAGGAUCCCCACCUGAGCGACGACCAAGACGAAUGGAUCAGCAGCUGGCUCGAAAAGAACCCAUCCUUCCGAUAUGAGCUCUUGACUGAUGCCUCUGCUGCAACCUUCGUUCGUACUCAUUAUGCCUCGCGACCAGAUAUUAUCGAGGUCUUCGAGACUCUCCCGAUCCCGAUCCUGCGGGCGGAUCUCCUGCGAUACCUGCUCGUGCUCGCGGAGGGGGGUGUCUGGAGUGAUCUGGACGUUACCUGCGAUAAGCCCGUGGCUGAUUGGGUUCCAACUGAAUAUAAGAAUGCAAAGAUCGAGAUGAUCGUGGGCUUGGAGUUCGAUUUUGACUGGCGCGGAGAAGGAACGGAAGUCGCAUCGCAGUUCUGCAACUGGGUCUUCGCGGCACCUCGCUCAUCACGUAUCCUCCAGGUGGUGGUGGACUCUGUCAUAGCCCAGAUCAAGGAGAUCGCCGCAAUGAAUAAGGUGCAGGUGAAAGACCUGACAUUAGAUAUGCUGCCCAUCGAUGUUGUUAAUGUGACGGGGCCCAAGAUCAUGACAAUAGCAAUCCUUGACAGCCUGAAGCAGCUGCUGGGUCGGACGGUUGAUGAUCGCGACUUCCAUGGGAUCAAGAAACCUAAGCUCAUUGGAGAUGUCCUUAUCAUGCCUGGUGUGUCCUUUGCGGCGUCCCAGAAUGGAUACCCCCAGGAUCAAGGAGAUGCGCUGGUUACGCAUCACUACGCGGGUUCGUGGAAACAGGCCGAUGCGGAGGCUAAGGAGAAGAAAAAGCAAAAACAGAACGGGCGGGACGAAGACGUAUAG